GCACGUACAGCCGACCCUCGCUCGCGAUCUCUCGUUCGCGCACGCCCAGCACGACCGCUGGCCGGCUGUCUGGACCCUGCAGCGACGUCUCAUGAAUGUCAACGGAGGAGUGGGAGGCACAAUGGGAGCGCGUGCUCUGGAAGGAGAAGCCAUACCCUGACAACUAUGUUCCCCGCUCCUUCCUCUCCUCUUUGAGCAGGAACCCGAACUUCAGACCGUACACGUAUUGGCACCUCGUCAUCCUCUCAUGUCCAAUAAGCCAGCACCUCGCGAGCGUCUUCGUGUUCCUCGCGGUCUUCAUGAGACUCCAGGAGAGGCUACUCGACCCGCGUGCCCUCGUAUGGAUAUCUGUGGGCGUCUUCCUUGCAGGUUACAUGACAUGGGAGAUGCUGGAUUGUGCUAGAGCGGACAACGUGUCGCGGCAUACCAAUCGGGCGAAGACGCUGAAGGCUUCCAUCCUUGUCUUCCUGGCGCUUUUGUCUUUGUCACCGGUACUGAAGACGCUCACUGCCGCGACAUCCUCAGACUCCAUCUGGGCGCUGUCGGCUAGUCUAUUCGUGCUGAACGCCUUAUUGGCGGACUAUACAGCCUUGAGGCCACAGAGCCACCGCCGUGAGAGGUUGACCUCCGUGCUCUCCAUGAACGCCGCGAUAUCCUCCUCCGUCGUGCUCGCUUCGAGAUUAUCAGACGACAUCGCCGUCUUCGGUCUGAUUCUCUUCUCGGUGCAGACGUUUGCGCUCUUUCCAAUGCUCCGGCGUCGCAUCCAGGACACCGCACGUCCGCUACAGAUCAUCCUCACUGCCGCCCUUUCCGGGCUUUCUCUGCUCCUCACCUACCCGCUAUCGGUCACCGCAGCGUACCUCUACGCCUUCUGCUUCGUAUUCGUUACUUUCAUCGCUCCGGGCAUGUUGGUAUGGGCCCAGCGGUACAAGAACGAGAUCCGGGGCACCUGGGAUCCCGCAGUGCCUAAAGUCUAUCGGCGUUUAUCUGUGUCUCGCUGAAGUCGCGACCGCCGCCGAUCGUCCAAUUGCAGCGGUUACCGCUAUGUACCCCGCCCCCGUCGUGCUGGUAGAGUGGCGGUAUGACGCAUCAUGUCACGGCUGUCGAUUCAACGGCCGACGUCAGACCAUCCUCGGCUGGCCUAGGUGGCGACCCCGCGACACACUCCGAAGGCGCAUUGUUAUUCCCCCCGGGGGCGGCGAAGACCAAACUCAAACCGUCGGCUAGCCCUCGAACACAAGUGGCCCACCCUUCCCCCGCGAUCGAGCAGUGGGGGUGGGGGCCGCAUAUGUUCUCCCCCUGGUCCUGUGGCCCGCACACUGGCGCAGCACGCACGCCCGUCCGCUUCUGGAACGCACCCGCCCAGCCACCCGCUCCCACGCGCGCCAUAUCAAACGCUCCCUCUGCCCAGUGCCCAGGCCCCGGGACGCUCGCGGACGCGCGCGCGGACUCUCGAACCGCACCGUGACCGCGCACCCCCACCCCCAGCGGACUCUAUCGCGCGGGCACACGGGGAUCAUCGUGGCGGUCGCGCCGUCGCCCGUGGGGACGCGGACCCUCCGUCCCCUCGUUUCGCUCCUGCCCCCUCCUUCGCGUUCCCACACCCAUUUCGCAGUGCGCUUCGCGAGAUAGUGAUCCAUCUGCGCUCGCGGGGGCUGGGCCGCCGCGUAUGGCAGGUGGCGUGCCCCCCGCAGGAGGCGUCAUCGCGCGCGGCGAUGCCCGUCAGUGCUCGCAGUCGCAGGCAAUGGCUGUCCUGGGGUUCGCUGCGGGAUGCGAUCUGGGGGGUGCCUCGCGUUCGCGUUCUGCACCGGCGGAUGCCAGGGCCAGUGCCACCGCCCGCACCGAGGGAGCCUUUCGUGUGGCCGCGCCCAGUCGCAGCCGAGCCGCAGCUGAACCUUGCAGCGCGUUCUGCGUUCUGCGCGCGGCCUUCCCUGCCACGGUCCGUUCGGCGGCGGACGCCUAAUGGUGUAUUAUUGUUGCUCGGUGGGAAGCGGGCCUGCUGGGGUAACUUCUGCCUAUCUUCGGCGCGUGCCCCAGGGAGUCCGUCCCGCACUGCGGGGGGCGCCGCCGGGAAUGGUUAUAUGGGCUGCUGCUGGAAUAGCAGGAGUGGGUCGAGGGGAAGAGGGGGAAGAGAAGGGGAGGGGAGGAGAAACAGCAGUGGUAUAUAUUUACAGUAAAGCGACAGACACUAUAUUACAGCCAAUACUAUCCUACAU